ACCUCAGUUUCCUGUCAGAGUUAAACUGCGAGUUUCUUCGUCUUAUUAACGAUUAAACAAAUAACUUUCUCUUUUAACUCGGAGCCCGGGAACAACGUGAAGGAUGAGACUACUCAGAUAAAUCAUUAAUGAAGCGAUACUUCCUGUUUAAAGCCUGUCGGGCCGGAGCUAGCUGUGUUAGCAUAGCAGGCUAACUCCCCCAUCUGGAAUCACAGAGAGUUAGCUUGUUAGCUUGUUAGCUGUUAGCUUGAAGUGAGGAGUCCCAGCUGCAGCACCGAGAGAGAAACAAGCAUGAACUGUCCUCCCACCAAGCGCCUCCGAGGCUUAAACCACGAAGUAGCGACGGCCUUUGAUGACCCGUUUGGAGAUGACGAGGACUUCACCCAAGACGACUUGGAUGAGAUUGACGUCCUCGCCUCGCAGGCCUUCAGCUCGACCUCUGCUGGAGCGGAGCCUGGGUCCAAAGCAGAAAACAAACCGGUGGAGUCGGCCUGGCCGUCGUGCACAGGGCAGAACAAACCUCUGAGCAGAGCCACAUCGAAGCAGAGCAGAGAGAACACGUUCGGGUUCGGCAGCAGCAGCAGCAGCAGAGGGAAUGCUGGGAUACCAAGCAGAGAGCCUCUUGUUAACAGGCAGCAGCAGAAGUUUGGGUCGGACAGACAGGAAACCCAUAGUCCGCUCGAGGCCCAGCAUGCCGAGCUGAAGAGGAAGCUGAAGGAGGUGGAGGAUGAAAUAGUUUCGAAGAGCGGGGAGAUCCGUGUCCUGCGGGAUUCUCUGAAAUCAGCUCAGCAGGAGAAGGAGAAACAGAGAGAGAACCAGAUGCUGCAGGAGACUCAGAGACAGAAAGAGCAGAGUGACAAGGAGAAGGAGCUCAACAAGAAGGUUCAGUCUCUGAGGUGUGAGCUGCAGUUUAAAGAAGCUGAGAUCAAUGAGAUGAAGACCAAGCUGCACAGUUCAGACAGAACCAAGACGGCGUCUCCACUGACUAGAAACAGUCCUAAAGUCCCGAGCUCCCUCGCCCAGACGCAUCAUGGCAGCGGCAGCAGCUCCUCCUCUCCAGCAGGAAACGGUUUCAUCACCAAGGAGACAUUUGGAGCCCAGCUCCCGACCAGAGGUACACCAGUGAAAACGCCGAUGAAAACAAGGAGAGACGGAGAGAAAACGGCGUCUAACAGCAGAUCAGGUGACAGCAGACAUGAAGCUUCUCGCCCAGACCCCUUCUCCUCUGUCAGACCUGCUCACCUGCAGCACCAAGGUGGCGUCCUGCUGGGGUUGUUACUGCAGCAUCCUCUGUCUCCCAGCAGCCUCAGCCUCUCUCACCUGCUUUCCAUGAGUCUGACAGACCUCCACUCAACAUCCAGCGAGCUGUCUGCAGGUUUGUUGCUCCACUCGGAUGCAGCAGCAGCAGCAGCAGGGGUCAGUGGAGUCGGCCCCUCCAGAGCGGCUCUGAGUCCGGUCCAGAGUCUGGCUGUAACUGGACUCAACCUGCUCAGUCAAAGCCCGACAGCAGCUGCAGGAGGCAGCAGCAGAAACAGCAGGUCGUGUCCUGGCGCCGUCCUGCUCCUCCCUCUGCUCGACCUUCACCUGUCUCGACUCUGUCAGACUCUUGACUCGCUUCAUUCCAACUUGACUGGCGGUCGUGGUUCCGUCUCUGCAGCUAGCAGCUCCCUCCCAGCAGGCCGUGCCGCUCCCACUGCUGGACUGGGAGGACUUGAGGAGGCUGGUUUGUCUGGUUUCAGCGUGGAGGACACUGGUUUGGCUUCCCUGCGACUCCUCUACCUGCUGCUGGCCCACAGUGAUGAGGUGGUGGAGACUGUUUUGUCAAAAGAGAGUCAGAGCAGAGGCACAGACGACAAGACUGAGCCCUCUGCUGCAGGUGUGGGUCUGAGCUCCCAGAAGGCCUUGCUUCCGUCUGUGUUGCGUCUGUGUGAAACAGGAGCUGCUGCUGGGGGCGACAGCAGCAGUCCACUGAAGGAGGAGCUUGUCCUCAGCGCCAUGAAGACACUGUGUGUCCUGAUUGAGAGGACGCCAAAGACACAAACUGACAGGUUGCAGUGUGUGUUACCGGUGAUGUGUGCCUGUUUGUCAGCAGACAGCCGGUUGCGGACAGUCACCCACUGUGUGUCCGUCCUCGUGUCGAUGUCCGACCACCAGACGCUCGCUGGACGGCUCUGCUCUCAGCACGACCCCUGUGUUUUCCUGAAGUUAUUCCUAUAUAUAAGAAUCCGACCAGACAACCGGGCAACACAGAAAGAUUGGAUUCUGCUGGACCUGCAGGUUGUUCGUUUGUUGAGCCGACUGAUGACUCAGCGAUCAGAGAGCUGGAACACACACCAGCACAGCAGCUGUCAAUGUUACACCGAGGUGGUCCAGACCGCGGUGAUCGUCUUCCACCGUCAGUGGCUGGAUCUCCGUGGUUCUCAGGAGACGACAGACUCGGCGACCCGGUGUCCCUCGUUGCCGUGGUGGCACAGCCCGGCGGUGUCUCUGCUCAGGGAGUGUCUGCUGCUGCUGCACUGGCUGCUGCUGCAUCACAGGAGCUUCUCCGAGAGCUGCCGGCCGCUGCUGCACAUGUACGACCAGGUGAUCCCUGCGGUGCGAGACACGCUGAAGAAGAUCCCCGGGCUGAGCGAGAGCGAGGAACUGGCUCUGGAGGAGAUCUGCCGCUCGGAGGGAGAUGACACUGAUGACAUGGAAACUGAGAACUGACCGUGGACGUGACGUUUCAGUCACGAGGACACAACAGAGACUCUGGUCAGACAUGUCUGAGGAAGUGAAGGAUUCUUAACUGAAGCAACUGACACUGGCAGGAUCUUCUGCCUGAUGGGAUUUCACAAUAAAACAUAAUUUGAGUUUGUGUGCAGCAGCAGCAGCUUCACCUGCUGUCAUUUCAUUCUUCUGUCUCACAGUCGGAUUGUUUAAUUUUUAGUGAGGUUUCACUCACUCGCUUAAAUAGUUUAAAAUUCCACGAUUAUUAAUGUCUGUACCUGCAACAGAAGUAGUGAAGUUUGUUAUCAACCCAACUGUUCAAUAAAUAAUAAUACAUUUUUACAAAAUAAAGCUUGAAUGAAGCAGUUGG